ACGUGGAGCAGAGGCAGCAUGGCGGCCCCCGUCCAGCAGUCCCCUCAGCCGGUGGGCGGAAAGCGCAAAGGCAAGGCCCAGUUCCUGCCGGCCAAGCGGGCCCGGCGCUGCGACGCAGGCGGGCCGCGGCAGCUGGAGCCCGGCCUGCAGGGCAUCCUCAUCACCUGCAACAUGAACGAGCGCAAGUGCGUGGAGGAGGCCUACAGCCUGCUCAACGAGUAUGGCGACGACAUGUACGGGCCCGAAAAGUUUAUAGACAAGGACCAGCAGCACUCUGGAAGUGAGGGAGAAGAUGACGAUGUGGAGGCUGCCUUGAAGAAGGAAGUUGGUGACAUUAAAGCUUCUACAGAGAAGAAGCUGAGAAGAUUCCAGUCAAUGGAGAGCGGAGCAAAUAAUGUUGUCUUCAUCAGAACCCUUGGGAUAGAACCUGAGAAAUUAGUACAUCAUAUUCUCCAGGAUAUGUACAAAACCAAGAAAAAGAAGACACGAGUUAUUUUGCGAAUGUUGCCUAUCUCAGGCACAUGCAAAGCUUUCUUAGAAGAUAUGAAAAAAUAUGCAGAAACAUUUUUGGAGCCUUGGUUUAAAGCCCCAAACAAAGGGACAUUUCAGAUUGUCUACAAAUCUCGAAAUAACAGCCAUAUGAAUAGAGAAGAAGUUAUUAAAGAGCUGGCAGGAAUAGUGGGCAGCCUCAAUUCAGAAAAUAAAGUGGAUCUCACUAAUCCAGAGUACACAGUGGUAGUAGAAAUCAUCAAAGCUGUCUGUUGCCUGAGUGUUGUGAAAGAUUAUGUUCUAUUCAGAAAAUACAACCUCCAAGAGAUAGUGAAGAGUGCAAAAGACUCACAGCCACAGCCAAAGCUGGGAAAUGGCAAAGAAGCAAAAUUGGAACCUGAUGGCAAGUUGAAUCAAAGUGAACCGUCAGAUGGGAAUAACCAGCAGGUGGCACCAGAGAGCAGUGAGGAGCCUGGGCAGAGAAAAGCAAGGUCUGAAACCCAGGCAGGAAGUGAGGGAGAAGAUAAAUCUGAACUUGAAAGUCAAGACUCAGAAGGACCCGAGUCAAAGGAAAAUGAGCUCUCAUAGAUCAUUCUCUGGG